AUUGUAAGGACAUCGCCAGAACUAUUUCUGCCAUGUUUGGUCAAAGACACUGAUGCGAUGCAGAAUCACUCAUCAACGGCAGCGGGAGGCAGUGAAUCGGACGAUGAGUAUUCUACAGAAGACAUUGACUAUGACGAACAGUAUCCAGUCUACAUGCUUGUGGCAUCCCAAGGCGACUGCUUGAAACUUAAGAAUGUAGCAGUCAAGGUUCACAGCACUCUGAGUGGUGACUCGGGUCGAAAUUCAGUUCACUGUUCUCGAAGUUUAGUGGGCUAA